GUGGAAUUAUCUGCAGCUGUUUGUGAUGACUUUUCCGCGGUUAGUCUUGGCAUGACUCUUUCUUGGCUUGUCUCCGCACACUCAUUCUCAUGUUCGAUUCGAGGGUCGAGACCCUCGCGUUUCCUUAUUUAGCGCUCUUAUUGAUUAACAAGUGGAACAAACUCGGGUAUACAUCGGCGUGACUCAUUCUGAUCCAUCUACAAGUACGAGCUUGUUUUAUUGGAAUCUAUGGCCUCGACCACUAGAAGUUUCCCAAUCCUCAGCCAACACACUUCAGUAUCCGUACUGCAAGAGCAAGCACCAUGGCCGUCGCACCCGCAACCUCCAGUAUAGACCUGAUCGGCAACACGCCGGUAAUCCGCCUCCGCAAAGUCGUUCCCGACAACCAUGCCGACGUCUUCCUCAAAAUCGAAACCGGCAAUCCUACCGGUUCGCACAAAGAUCGAAUGGCGCGGUCGAUGAUCGAGGAGGCCGAGCGCCGCGGAGACCUCCGACCCGGAAUGACCGUGGUCGAGGCCACGGGAGGGAGCACCGGCUCCGCGCUCGCCUUCAUCUGCGCCGUCAAGGGUUACAAGUUCCUCGUGGUCUCGUCCGACGCCUUCGCCAAGGAAAAGAUCCGGACGAUGCGUGCCCUAGGCGCAGAGGUCGAGCUCAUCCAUAGUCCCUCAGGCCAGAUCACGCCCGAUCUGGUCCCAUCCAUGAUGCGGCGCGCACAAGAGAUCGCCGACACCGGCGAUAACUACUUCUACACGAACCAGGCCACCAACCACGACGCUCUGAUCGGGUACGAGGGCAUCGGCAGAGAGUUACUUCAGCAGUUUCCCAACGGCAUCGAUGCCUUCUGCGGCGCUGUGGGCGGAGCGGGCAUGGCGAUGGCCGUCUCCAAGGUCUUGAAGGCCCAAUGGCCCCGGACGCGCGUGGUCGUGCUGGAGCCGGCGUCUUCUCCCGUCAUCACCGAAGGUCGCGCUGGCACGCACCAGGUGGAUGGGAUUGGGCUCGGGUACAUGCCCGCGCACUUGGAUCGGGAGCUCUAUGAUGAGGCGCGCGGCAUCCCGGAGAAAGACGCCCGUGCGAUGUGUCGGCGUCUUGCGAGAGAAGAGGGUUUGUUGGUGGGCACGUCGACGGGGUUGAAUGUUGUCGCUGCUAUUGCACUAGCUAAAGAGCUGGGGCCGGGCAAGACGGUCGUCACGGUCGCUUGUGAUACUGGGUUUAAGUACAUGAGUGGCAGUCUUUUCGCCGACGAUUAGGCAUCGAGUGACCGCAAUGACACUUCUGGACGAAAAAUUGGCUCGGGGGUCUGAACAUCUGAGACUUAGAAAACGCUGGCGGGGGCUAGGAGCUGCAGGGAUAGAAUAGCACAGUGCUAUUGCGGGUAAGUGGGCUGUUCGUACACUUUUCUUUGUCUUUAGCCUGGCCCUGUUUAUCUUAAUAAUUAUUUGAAUCAUUCCCAAAAGGUUUCGUAUGGCUUUG